GCUUGUACUCAGAAACAUGGAGAUACACACAAGAAAAAAGACCAAAAUAUUGGGGAUUGUAUAUGAGUAUGUAUAUUUUAGUAGUUAUAUCGACUAUUUCCUUAUAUGCACAAGCCAAUAAUGUUUUUACUUUAAAGGAAUACAAUUGGCAAGUUUGUACACAAGAGAGUGAAUUUGUAAUUAUCUCUUCUAUGGACAGAAGUGUUCUGGAGUAUAAUCUUAAUAGUGCAAUUUGCAUACGAGUCACUACAAGAGCAGAGAAGCUGGAUACUCUCGCCCCUUCAUGUAUAGAGUUAGAUGAAUUUCUUUCCCGAUGGCUGCUCAGAGUAAAUGAAGUUAUAAUAAAACGGCCAGAGCUUAUCACUAACCAGCUAAUAACAAUACUUACACGCAUUCCAUCACUGGAAACUGUAUGCAUGGCUAUUAAUAAACAGGAAAACUAUACAAUUACUGCCUGCCUUUCUAACCUGACAAAAUGCUAUGGACUUAAAACACUUAUUCUGGAUAUGAAUUAUGUCACACUAUCACAGGACAUUACUUUAACCCUUCCAAAAACAAAAACGUUUUUCUUCAGGAAUUACUUCUUCAACAUGGGCCUAUCCCUACUUGAUAUGGAAUCUGCAGAAGAAAUCUCCAUAAGUGCCGAAAGAGUAAGCAAUCUGAGAAUAGAUUAUUCUUCAAUAACGCUAGUACCAGGCACACUGCGCUUAGUUAUAUAUACAAAUUACAUGGGAAGUAUUCCUCUGGUUGUAAUAUGCAAUCCAAAUAUAUAUUUAGAGGUGAUAUAUUUGAGUAAAACCCCAUUCUCAGCACAGAAUAACACUGUGAUCAACUCAUUUGAUGGUAUUCUUCCUGGGUACAGUGCAUACAUAAACAAAGUUUUUUCAUACUUAGUCAUACAGAAGGAGCAAGUUGUAUUCUGCUGUUAUAAACCAUUCAAAAAAUGGAGUAUACUUCUCAAGCACAUAUCAACCACACACAUAUGCAAUAAUGUCACUAUUAUCACAUACAAUGCACUAAACCAGAAAAGCACUCUUUCCAUCCCCGGCAGGAACCAGUGCAUAUCUGAAAUGUGCAUACUCACUCCACAAGAAGAAGAUCAAAUAACAGAAUUUCUUCAAUUAGUGACUAUUAUUAAUUUAGAAAUAUUUGUGAAUGGCGCAUGCAUACGGCUAUUAAAAGAGAACUUUCCGAAAGAGAAGAGAAACUGGACGAACUUCCUCAGGCUAAUCCACACACUUUCUUUUUCAGACUUACAAGGCAGGCAUGAAAUUCCUUUUUGCUUUUAUAAGUUAUACAGACUCAGAUCACUCAGUGUGUAUAACAGUCAAAUACCAAACCUUCUAGAAGUACUUGUCUCUAUGCCAGGCCUCAGAGUGAUUAUUGUAGAGAACUGUAUAUUUAAUCAUGCAAACACAUACGUACUCCAUCAGUACAUUACUAGAUCGGUCUAA